AUGGAGAACCCUCGGAAACGCGUCAAAUCCGAGCACGAGAACGUCUCCGCUCGCCUCGAGAUACAGAGCCCUGACUUAUGGAUUGAUGACGGCAACCUUAUCCUCCGUGCUCGGGCAGAAGGACCCGAAACUGAUGAACCCGCGUACACUCUCUUUCGCGUGCAUAAAGGUCUACUCGGAACGCAAGCUGGCUACUUCCGUCGGCUCUCUUUGGACGGUAUCUCGGAGCGCAUGGAUGGCAUAGCUGUGCUGGAACUUCCAGAAAGCGCGAGUGACGUAGACGACUUCUUGCGUGCGCUUUACCUACCAAAUCACCUCAAUUCCUACCCGAUUACAUCUGAUGACAGCCAAUUUGUCAGUCGCUCGAACUUUCCAGCUGUGCUUUCAGGCAUGCUGCGCAUGUGCAAGAACUACGACGCUCCAGCGCUUAGUGAGAUCGUAAAGGGAAAAAUCCGCAAUGAAUGGCCAAUGACCUUGGAGAAAUGGGAUGCAUUACAGACUACCCUUUCACGUUAUCCGGACGCACAACGUGCCGCAGGCUUUGCUGAUCCAGUAACGACAAUACUGCUCGCAAGAGAAUAUGACAUACCUGAAGUACUUCCGGCGGCAUUCUAUGACCUCUGUCGCGUUUACACGUUCGAUUCCCUUGCAGCCGAUUUCUGUCACCGCGACUUGGACUUGAAGGCGUUAUCCUCUGAAGAUCUUGUCACUCUCAUAUCAGGCGUAGCCCAGCUACGCAGAUAUAUUGCGUUCAGUCAGGGUCUCUAUGUCCAGCCUAAUCCCGACUUCUCUGCUUGCCCUUUUCGAGCACCUGGUGCAGGUCCAUCUUGUCAAGAAGGGAUCGCAGAGGCAUGGCAGAAGAACAAGAUGUUCUUGUGCAGCGCCGGCGACAUACUAUUGCGAUUGGAGGCCUUCGGAGAGUUGAUUGGUGACUCCCUGAACGUCAUCUUACCCAUGGCCUCUGGACGGAAUCGUGCCCUCGUUUGUCCGAAAUGUCGCGCUCAGGCUAUCAUACAGAUUCAGAUUCGACGUGAAAACGUCUGGGCAUCGCUACCAGCGGUAUUUGGACUGACACCACUCGUCGGCGACAAAUGGAUCAAAUCAGGAAGGAAAUGA